GAGAGCGGUGACUUCACUCUUCUUUUACGAAACGUCCCCCUUUUCCCUCCUUCCUAUUUUUUCUUUUCUUUUUUUCCCCCUGCACGGCACUGUCUGGCAGUAUGCCAGUAGUUUUCCUCUCGCUCUGCUCAGUGCUUAGCAAGCUGCUCAGUAGUGAAUUAGCAGCCUCAGCGGCACAGCUCCUCUCACGGGGAGCCUCUCCACGGCCACUUCCCCACAUCGACUCCCUGCCGCGCAACAUCUGGGACCGCAUCCCACCACGGGACACCCCGGACACCGCCUCGGACCGCGUCCCCUGCAUUCCCAACAGGAGCGGGGCGAUGAACAGCUGAGUUUCACUCACUUCCACUUUUGAAACUUUUUCAUCUUUCAUCUCCCUUUUUUUUGAUCUCUCUCUUUCUUGGGACUUUGGAGACAGAGGGACGGAGCAAGAGAGAGGAACGUGAGAGAAAGCACAGACCACUGUUUGCUUUUCUGGGAGGCUGUAAUUCUACAACUAUGUCGGAGAGCAUUGUCAGGAAGAUCCAGCCUUUUACCAUUGGGACCAAGCUGUCUGUCCCCAGCGUAGCCAAGUGCCCAGAUUUUGUGGAUGCCUAUUUGCCCAGCCAGGCUCUGGAUAAUUGCAAGUUACAGAACAGCCUCAAUGACCAGGUGUCCCUCUACCUCGGCCAGUCCCAGACGCAACAAGUCACCCCCCGGUCGUCACCCACCGCUGCCGGGGUGAUUGCAGCAGAGGGACGGCAGGAGGACAUGACCAAGGAGGACCAUCUCAACAGGAAUGGUGUCUCUCCCACAGGUGCCUCUAGGUCCAUCAGGAAGAUAACCAUCUCUGGGAGCACUGAGUCCCCCAGUGACACGGCAGCUUUGGGGGGUGAUUGCAUGGCUGCACUGGGGACCUCAAAGUUGGAGAACAUCAACAACAACAACAUGGUCUCCAAGCCUGUCCCCAGGAUUGUUGGGGUGAGCUGUGAGAACACGCCCAACUCCCACCUUAAGGUUUUGCUCAGAAAAGAUGUGCUUACUGAAGAACAGAGAGAUGAAGAUGAAGAUGAAGGAGCACUAGAGCGCUUUGGGGAUAUAACCACUUCCAUUCAUCAGAUGCCUCUGCUGAGAGCCCUAUCGCCCAAAAGAGACCUGCUGAAGAAGGUGCCCCUGCCCUGUGAAAGCACAGAGGCGCCGUCCUGUUCCCAGCUCGUCCUGGCCCACAAUGACUGCAGCUUCACUCAGUGCAACACCCUGUUCAACAGAGAGAUCAUGCAGGCAGAGGCGUGGAUCAAGGGGAAGCUGCAGGACCUGAAGGAUGGCUGUGACAUCCAGAGGUGUCCUCUGCAGGACUGGGAGGAGGUGUCACAGACCCUCCAGAGAGACCUGAAGGACUUUGAGAACACCCUAAUUCAGCUUAACCAGAUGGGGGAGCAGCUCAUCUGUGAGGAGAACCCCAACUCGGAUCUGGUGAAGAAGCAGCUCACCCAGCUGACAGACCAGUGGCACAUCUUGAAACAGACAGCUGCCAACCAAUCAAAAGCGUUGGGCGGGGCCAGGAAUCUGCAACAGUUCAACAGAAAAGUGGACAGGCUGGAGACCUGGAUAAAGGAGAAGCAGGAAGAGGAGCAGUCGCUGGCAGGAGUUCUGGGGGAGAAUGUUGACAAAAUUCAGCUGACAAGGAGAAUCCUGGAUCUGAAACAGGAUGAGCAGCAAUACCGGACCCUGCAUGAGGAGAUCAAUCACCUGGCCCUAAAGUUAGAGAAACAGGGGAAGACUGAAGGGAAGAACAUUUCAACUAGGAGGAAACACAUCAACAAAAUGUGGCUGAAGGUCCAGUCGCUUCUGAAGGACUAUCACGAAAACCUUCAGUUAGCCCUUGAAGUUUCAUCCUUUUACCAACAGGCAGACAAUAUCAUCUCUGCCAUCAACAGCAAGAGGAAAGGCAUUUCUGUGUCAAAUGACCAUGGAAACUGCGGAGACAGAGAAAUCAGAGAAAUAGCAACUCAAAUCAUGAUGCUGGAUGUGACCGUUUCUCAAUUGUCAAAUCUCCACCCAACCCUGGCAACCAGAGUGACACUCAAGCAGGGAGAGGUGAAGGACGGCUGGGCCCUCCUCCAGAAGGCUGUCAGGAAUGAGAGGUCAGAUAUACUCUCUGCCAGCUCUGAUUUCACAAGGGAAGAUGUUGACCCACUGACCCUGCCUUGCUGCAGCAUGGACAAGGAUGUACACAGGAUUAUGGGAAAGGAGAUUAAAGAAGAACAGAACCGGCUCAAAGGAUGUACGAGUGUGAGAGAACCUGGGAUUAAUAGGAAGUCGACAAACAGCCAAGAUGAAGAACAGCCAUUAAAGAGCCAUGCGCCAGUCACAGGAAAUAGCCCCAGUAAUGCCGAUGAAGUCAUCGAGGGACGCCAGACGGAGGGGGAAAGCAAGGAAGAGAUGACCGAUCCCGAUGCCGCUGCCUCACGAGGAAACCCGCAGCUCUGUGCGCAGUUACAGAAGUUCACAGAAUCUGCAGACAAGAUGCUGUCUUGGCUGAAGGACAACACUGCUUUAGCAACCAAGCUCCAAUGCUCCCCAGGCCAGGAGGGGCUUCAGACUGCCCUGGAAGAUGAAAUCCCAUCUAACAGGACUAGAAGUGAAGCAGCAGAGAUGGACGGCCAGAGCUUGGUGCAUCCAGAGGGCGUGGGGUUUGAGGGUGUCCUGAGCCGGCUGGAGCUCCUGUGGGAAGAAAUAAGGAGGAAGCACCAGAGAAACAGGGCGGAGCACCAGGAUUCCAAGAAGCUCAACCUGAAGGCCCUGACAGUCCUGAAGGACCUGAAUGCUCUGGAAACCUGGCUGCAUACGCUAGGGCUGUCCAGCCAGCAGUCCUCGCUGGCAGGGGACACUGAGUCCAUGAUGGAGGCCGAGCAGGACAGCUGCCUGCUGGAGGAGGUGCCUUUGCAGGACCCUGACCUGGGCAUCCUGCAGCGGGGGACAGACAUGCUACCAGCCGGGAGGCACAUCCGCUUCCAGAAGGGGGUGGCGGAGAAGUACCGGCGCGUGCGGAGGGCUGUGAAGCAGCAGGGCCCCGGCCUGCAGGGUACACACGUGAUGACAGAGGCCCUGGAGAAAUCAAAGCCAGGGGAGGACCAGGAGCAACAGGGGAGCAACCACAGCAGCCUAGGGCAGCAUCUCCCUGUAGAGCAGGACUUGGACCCCUCUCUGUCAAGUGUCCGGGAGGCUGGGCGUGAGGUCACAGCUGCAAGGACCUCCAGGGAGCCGAUGGAGGAGCGGCACGCAGAAGCAGAGAUGUUCAAAAGCACAGCGGUCGACAGUGGCUGCUCCCUGCCCCAGGACUUCACCAUGAAGGAACUGCUCAGCCAGUGUUCCGCACUGACCAUGCAGAUCAACCACGGCCUGUCCCUCAGUGCGGAGCUCAGCAUGGACAUCAUGGACACAGAGACAGACAUGGCAGUGAAGUGUGAGCCGGACCGCAGUGACCUGGAGGGGCUGCGGGAGCAGCAGGAUGAGCUGGAGAUUGACUAUGAGGCCCUGAAAGAGGAAGUGGAGGAGCUGGAGAAGCAGGCCACUUGUCUGGAGUCCCUCUGCCCUGAAAGAUUGCAUGUCCUGAGGGAGGAGGUCCAGGCCACCCUGCAGGCCUGGGAGGAGCUGGGCCGCAGCAUGGUGGAGAACCGCGGCCGCCUGCGGCAGUUCGUGAGGCUCCAGGAGUUCUUCAGGAAUUAUCUGGCGAUGAUCUCAUGGACAGAGGACACCAGGGCCUGCAUCUUUUCUGAGAGCACUGGGCACCAUGGGAAUUCUAAUGAGGUGCCAGUAGCAUCAGAUUUGGACAUGAAUAUCCAGCAGAAGUUUGAGGAGUUUGAUGACCUGGCCGCUGCUGGACAGAAGCUGAUAGAUGAGGAACAUCACCUGACGGAACUGAUCAGGGAGAGGACAGAAGAGCUACAGAGCAUGCUGGGAUGGAUCCUCGUGCACUGGAGGGCCCAGAAACACCAGCGGAGUCAUGGGAAGCGGAAACCGGAGUCUGAAGGAAACAUAUACUCAGAGGCUACAGUUUCUACACUGCCACUGCAGCAGCCAUUAGAAAAGGCCGUUACUGAGGGAAGACGGUGGAAUCCAGAUGGCCAGUGGGGGUCCACGCCCAGGUGUGAGGAAGAGAGGCGGGGUGAGCAUCAGUCAGAGGUUGGGCAGGAGGCAGCGUGCAGUACUGGGCUGAGCCCGCCAGGAGGAGUCACAGGGACACCCAAGUCACCCAUCCUGGUCCUGAAGGAGCCCGGUACCCCAUCACUGGGCGGGACUGUCAACCUCAUUCUCAGUUUCAGCAAACCCGGGGACAGCCUGCUCCAGGUGCAGGACCCAGCGGAGAAGGGGGACACCUUGGAGCCUGUUCACAGGGUAAGCACAUAUUUGCAUGUUACGGACAGCAACAAAGUCACCGCCUCUGUGGAUGAGCUCAGUUCUCUGGCCUACCUCCCCAGCCAAGCCCAGGCCCCUGCUUCCCAUUCUUCCACCUCCCCCUCCACCUGCCCAGCCCAGGUCAGCAGCCUUUCCCUCCAUACCCUGCUUAGAGGCAGCUCCAGCUCUAGCUCAAGUAGCAUUAAGAGGACAAGCAAGAACAGGGACGCCAUCCAGAGGAUCACAGGAUUGGCACAAACUGAGAGUGUAUCCCCCACGCAUGACCAGGGCGCGCGGAGCACCAACACCUGGCCGCUGAAGGAGAGGAAGAAGAAACGCACCCUGCCUGCCGGUCCUGCCGCUGCUGAGCUUCUAGGCCAUGGCAGAAACAUACCACCUAAUGACAAAGAAUGCCCUAAGCGGUCACAGUUCUCCCAGUCUGUUGUGCACUCCAGCUCGUGUUUGUCAGGGGAAGCCCCUUCCAAGCAUAUCAAGAACCACUGCAGGCAUCUGUCUCUUGGAUCUGUGCUGAGCUUUGAUUUGCCCAAAGACUUGAGCCUCAUCCCCAGCAUCCAAGAUGUUAUCACUAUAAGCCCUCUAGAACCCGCUGGGACGGACCAUCUCAGGAAAGCAGUGGACUUACCAGACCAGAUGAGCCAGUGGUCACAGCCUGACAGGCACACAAGCUCAAGUACUUUCAGACAUAAGCACCCACCUCCAAAGCUCAGCAGAGAAACAUUUGAACAUAGCCCCAAAGGGCAGAUGGUCAUCAAAACAGAUUGUGUUGGGUCCCAAAGGAUUGACUUGGAGGUCUCUUCGGAUUUGGCCCAGUGUAUUCCAGCUGCCAAUAAAGAGGAUUUCUUUCAGGACCACACUCAGACCCCACCAACUGAUGACCUAUCAGAUCAAGAGGUGAGGUGUCACUCAGGCACUGGAGGUCCAAACAAUGAGAUUGGCCAGAAACAGGACCAGCCAGCCACUGCACUGGACCCUAAAGAACAUCUGUGGAAUAAUGGAACAAAGGCCAAUCCACACAAAGGGCAGGAUCACUAUAAAACCGCUACCUGUGGUCACACAUCCACACUGUCAGUUACACACGUGUGCCCAAGCGUUCAUACUAAAAUUCAGGAACUAAAUGGACAUAUAUACUGCCCUCCUGUGAGGAUGCAAAGAGCUCACAAAGGUGACUGCUCAGCCAACCAGAGCACAGCAUCUCACACUGUCAUGUCCCUCAAGACCUGUGUCAUUGGGAAGGAGAGCUCAGGAGGCGUGGCCACAUGCAGCUCUACACAUAUCCAGCUCAACUCUGGAGGUCAGAGAACAGUGUCCCCAGAUGCUCCCCUGCCCGGGAGGACUGCUAGCACCAUGUGCCUGGGGAGGGUGGACCCUGUGUCCCACGCUGGGAACAAGGUCAGCCAUGACCUGGGGUCGGCAGCAGCAGACACAGUCCAUCCCGACCACCGACAGUUUGAGGAAGAAGAAGAGGAGCUGGAGGAUAUCUGGAACCAAACCAACAGAUAUGAACCCAGCAGCUGCUCCAACAAUACUUGCCAAACCAAGAGGGAGGAGCCAGCAGCCACACCUCUGAGUCAGCCUAUAAACCCCUCCCCCCAGGGGCAGGAUGUGCUGUACAGGAAGCUGGACCCCUCCUCUACCUCAGGCCUCCUGGUGGCUGAGUUCAGGCUGCCAGCCUCCAUCCAGACCCUGCUCGGAUACAACAAGGAACAGAACCCUAGGGAGAAGGGCAGCCCCACCAGGGAACACGGGACAUCCCAUGUUGCCAUCCCCCACACAGAAGACCCCAAUGGAAAGUUAGCAGUGGCCAACCAGGCAGCUUCCAAUUUGGUGAAAUUGCCUGAUGCAAAGAAUCAGCGAAAGUAUGACCGACAAGAGGAAGAGGCGGAGACGCACAUGGAGACCACAGCCUGUCCACGGGUCCAAUCAGUGAGCCUGCUGCCAGUUUGCGCGGGGGCAGAAAAUUCUGGACAGCAACCAAUGGACUUGGGCACACACUACAGUGACAUAAGGGAGCAGGGACACAGAACUGCCACUGGAGGGCACUGCAGCACUAUGAUUGGCAAAGACUGCCAAUUCCAGUCAAUGGAAGGGACUCUGGAGAGGAAACACCAGCAGGAGGUGGGGAAGAAGGCCCACUGCCAGGCCUGGCACACGUGCCAUGCCGUCCUACUCGGACACACGCUGCGCUUCUACAAGGACAGAGAGGACGCUCUGAAGAACUCAGAGCCAGCACUGUCUCUUGACCUGACUGGUUCUACAUGCACACCUGCCCCCGAGUAUGCCAAGGAGGCCAAUUGUUUCAGUCUGCGACUGCAUGAUGGUUCAGAGCACCUACUCAGCGCUUCCUCGUGCCCCAUGAUGAAGGAAUGGGUGUUUAAGAUCCAAGCCAACACAGGUAUGAGCGAGAUGGAGCCCCCUAGGUGUCUGUCCGGAUCUCUCACUACAAAAGCCUUCUUCAGCACUGCCUGCCAUGGCUACAACACAUGCCACUGUACCACCGGGAGUGACAUCACUUGCUCUACCCCAGACCCAAUUGAGACUGGCAGUGUCAUAGCCAAAGAAUGUACCCUGACAAAAGACAGCCCCCAGGUGUCACAAUUGCAUCAUGGGAACUCAGAGGACCUUUCUCCAGUCUUAUUGUCUGGUGCAGGGGGUGAGUGCAGCUCCCUGCGGAAUGUCGGAGUGACACAGCGGCCAUCCCCGACACGCCGGGAUGCCAGUCCCCAGUUACCGGAGCCUCCCGUCCUGGACAGUCAGGAAUGCCCGAGCAAACGCAGAUCACACUCCUUUACCUCAGCCACUUAUCAGAAGAUCACCCCUGUGCCUCUGCCCCACGGGGGCCACGAAAGCGGUUCCAGCUACUCAGUGACUCUGUUCAUCGGAGACCAACUCUCUGAGACCACGGCCCCUCACAACAAGGCCAAAUCGCCAGCUCUGAUUGGCCAGCAGAGGGAGCCUGUCCAGGACAUGAUUCCAGAGGAGAACUGCACCAACCUCCCCAAGUCACAGAAAAAGUCUGUCUUUAAGAAGUUUUUUGGGAAGGAAUGAUUUUAGAGGCUUGAUCUCUUGCCUUUGAGGAGACAGCAGUGCCAGUGGCUGACUGUUUCAUACUUCUGUGUGCAGAGCACAUUUUUUCCCUCAUACCCUUUCUGGCUGAGAGUUUGACAGUAGUAAUAGCAGUUCUGGGACCAAUGCAUCUUUAUUAUUUGUUUUUUUUUUCUUAAUAUAGUAGUUCAGUCUCUUCAGAAAUGUCAACACCAUCCCAUCUCUCAUUUCUCUCCAAACUUUUCGCAAGGCUCGAUUGCUUUGACCUUCAGAAAUAACGGUCAGAGCAUCUGUCUCACCGGUGUCUCUGUCUGUGGUGGAGAAGUUAAGCGUUCUUCACGGGUGCCUGUGCUGUUUGCAAAAUAAAAGCUGAAGUGAAACCAUUAAAAGAAGAAUCAAAUAUGAAUCAUGGUUUAAAUUUAAACAUAC